GAAAUUACAAAUGCGAUCCCGUUAUUAUCGAUUGUAUUUGUAAAAGUUUUGUUCACCAGAGGUCUCUACUAUCGAUUAAGAUUCGAGGUACGUUCGCGUUCUAGAAUGGUUAUUAAACUAAAUAAAACAAACGAUAUAUACGUACGUAACUCGUAGUGCUUGACAUACUUAAAAAGUCAUAAAAUGACAGUUACGCCAUUGCCAGAAAUUUAAAUAAAUAAAAACAUUGUAAAUGUGAUCGUUUGUGUGAGAAAAAUCGUAUCUAAUAUAAGUUAAAAACGUUUUAUAUGUAACCUAAAACAAAAUGCCUGCAUCUAUCGGUGUGAACCUGCGUGUGACAGGACAUUGUCGCCAAGGUGGUAGAAAAUAUAUGGAAGAUUUCUUUUCGGUUGCAUAUCAACAAACUGAAGACGAAAAAGAUUUGGAAUAUGCAUUUUUCGGUAUAUACGACGGCCACGGUGGUGCCGAAGCAGCAGCUUUUGCCAAAGAACAUCUUAUGGAAACCAUAAUUAAACAUAAAAAUUUUUGGUCAGACGACGACGAAGAUGUAUUAAAAGCCAUCAAAGAUGGUUACAUAGCAACGCAUUACGCUAUGUGGCGUGAACAAGAAAAAUGGCCAAGAACAGCAUCGGGAUUACCAAGUACUGCAGGUACUACUGCUAGUAUAGCCUUUAUUAGGAGAGGUAAAAUAUAUAUCGGUCAUGUAGGUGAUUCUGGUAUAAUAUUAGGUUAUCAAGAGCCCGGUUGUUCUGAUUGGAAGGCGAAACCAUUGACUCGAGAUCACAAACCUGAAAAUGCGGACGAAUUGAAUAGAAUAAAAAGUUGUGGAGGCAAAGUAGUUGCAAAAUCGGGUGUACCACGUGUUGUAUGGAACAGGCCUAAAAUUGGUCAUCAAGGACCAGUUCGUAGAUCGACCCCCAUUGAUGAAAUACCAUUUUUAGCGGUCGCUAGAAGUCUUGGUGAUCUUUGGUCUUAUAAUUAUCAAAGCAAUAGAUUUAUCGUUUCACCUGAUCCGGAUUGUACCGUUAUAAAAAUCGAUACUAAUCUACAUCGAUGUUUAGUAUUUGGUACUGAUGGUUUAUAUAACAUGCUGAGUCCUAUCAUGGCGGUGCAUAUAGUACAGCAAGUUGAACGACAUAACGAAAACGCAGCUUUGAGUGACUCUACUUUCAAAACUUGGUUAAAUCCAAGUAAAUUAUUGGUAGAAAAAGCUUUAGAAAGGUGGCAUUCCACAAAAAUGCGUGCAGAUAACACAUCAGUUGUUACUUUGAUGUUAGAUCCACCAGGACCCCCAAGAGCCCAAGUUUUAAAAGAUAGAAAGAAGAAUUUACCAGAAAGAGGUUUGAAAAUUAUGACUCGUUUUGACGGCGAAUCGACUCAGAAUUCGUCUUGCGAUAAUAACCGACCAGUACCGGAAGGAAAUCAACUUCCUGAAGAACCGGUUAAAGAAGAAAGUAGAGAAACGACGCCCGUAUCAUCAAGUGACCUUACAACGACCAAUUUUCCACUGAAGGAGCGAAAUUUUUUACCGAAACCCCGUGAAAGCACCAGCUUCGAUCCUCGAGUUUCUGAUAGCGGCAAAGAAAAUCUCAAAGAAGAUAAUACAAUACAAUGUAACGAAGUAUCUUCGAGUAAUAUCGAAAUAGAAGAAGACGAAGAAGGGAAUAACGUAACCAAAAGUGGUAAACGUAAUUUGAGAAGUGGAGGUGAAAAGAGGAAAUUGGAGAUUGAUGAAAAUGAAUCGAUCCAAAGGCCUCGGAAGAGCGCCCGUAUCGAUAACAACCGAAAAAGAGUGGGAGGGUUAGUGGAGGAGAGGAGGGCAUUCGAGGCGGAGGAGAAAUUGAAAAAGUUGGCAGAAGAAGCAGAUCUAGUUAAACGUGAUGGGGGGUUAAGUGAAGGGAAAAAGAGAAGCGGGCUGUUAAGUGGACCUUUAACGAAGAAGGGAAUUAAAAGUAUGUUUGAUAAGGUUAAGAAGGUACGAGAAACAGCAGUGAUGAAAGCUAAGGGGAUGAAAACGAAAAAAUUACAAGUAUCUGCCAAAAAACCAUUAAAGGUAGUAUCAAAAAAAGCGACUUUCCAUAGGAAUUCAAAGAGAAACGUCUCUAAACGCCGAAAAACAAACGUCGUUCCAAAACCAAAGAUAAAAGAAAUAAAUAAACUCAACAAAAAAGAAAAUUUUCAAGAGAAACAAACAAAAAAAGGAAAAGUUUUUAAUAAGAAAAAAGAAAACCUCUUGAAGGUUGUAAAAAACAACAAUAUUUCUAAUGUAAAAAGCUCGAGGAGUACCAGGAACAGUACCGCUCCAAAAUUAGAGUCUUCGAGCAUAUCCACCCAAAAAUCGCCUUCGACGAUCAAAACGCCGAAAUUGAUUAAAAAAAAUCGACAGUCUUAGAAAAGAAUGUACGAAAUCCCAAUUUUCAUUUAAUUUAAUUCCAGUUUCGAUUAUAACAAAUUUAUUUCAACAAUUGAUUUGUAUUUUUCAUUAUUUUCGCUCGUUUCGUGGACGUAUUUUUCCCAUUAAAAAAAUAAAUGAAUCGAAUCUUGAAAAAAAUAUUUUUUAGUUUAGCAAAACUGUACUGAAGAUUCGAAGUAUAAGACUUUAGAUUACUUAAGGAUGUUGGAAUUUUUAUUUAUCUCACAAUUUUGAUUUUAUUAUGUACAUAAAAAUGGUGGAAUAAGAAUUUUAACGACCACAUUUUCUGUUUUAUUCAAGAAGAAAUUUAUCAUUUGAACUACUAUAUCAUUAUCAAAUACAAUUAUUAUGUUUUGAUCUUAUUCUGUUCUUUCUGAAUUUAUUAUUUUCUUGCUUAUUUUUAUAUCUAAAACCGUUUUUACAUCCAAUUUUAAUGACUUUCUUUACUUUUGGAUCAUUUGAACUACAGCCGCCACAAAUAUAAUUAUUUCCUGUGGGUCAAUCGUUUUUGGUUCAUUUGAAUUCCUAUACCGUCAUCUAAUACAAUUAUCAUGUGUUGAUCAUAUUCGGUCUUUAUUUUCUCAUAUAUUCCGUUCAAAUUGAAUUGAAUCAUCUUUAAAAUCUUCUAACUUUCUGAAUUUUAAAUUUUCUUUCUUAUUUUUUUGUUUAAAACCGUCUUUGUACCGAAUUUUAUUGUGUUUCUCUACUUUUGGAUCAUUUGAACUACUACAGACAGAUGCCACAGGUUCAUUUGAACUACUAUAUCGUCAUCGAAUACAAUUAUCAUCUUUUGAUACUAUUCGGUCUUUAUUUUCGUUAUAUAUUCGGUUCAAUUUGAAUUGAGUCAUCUUUAAAUUGUUCCAACUUUCUAAAUUUUACAUUUUCUUUCAUAUUUUUAUAUUUAAAACCUUUUUUACAUCCAAUUUUAAUGACUUUCUACUUUUGGGUAACUUGAACUACUACAGCUGCCUCUGAUAUAAUUAUUUACUGUUGGUCAAUCUUUUUUGAAUACAAUUUUAAUGUUUUGAUCCUAUUUUUCAUUUCAUUCCAUUUUCCAAAGGUAUAAUUCUUUGUUGUUGAUUUUAUCUUUUCGUUUGAACUACUGUAUCAUCCUGCAUUACCAUUAUUUGCUUUUAAACCGCCAUUUUUUUCUUGAUUCCAUAUAUUGAAUUCAAUUUGAAUUGAAUCAUGGUCAAUUGUUGAAAAUUUAUGGAUGGGUAAUUUUUUAUUGGUUUUAUAUCUAAAAUAGUUUUUAGUAUGUAUCUUAACAAUUUUCUUUACUUCUCGAACAUUUGAAAUACUGUAUUGUGUUCGAUUGCCAUUGUUUCCUUUUCAGGUGGCAUUUUUGUUUAUUUAUUUCAUAUAUUCACUUCAAACUGAAUACAAUUAUCUUCUUCUUGUUUAAAACUUAUGGAUUGUUAGUUUUUUACCAAUCUUCUCUAUUGAGUUUAAUUUGAAUAGAAUCAUUUUUAAAUAGUUAUAAACUUCUACUAGAUUUGUUGUUUUUUUCUUUUCAUAUUUAAAACAGUUUUUAUUACCAAUCUUAACCUUUUUCUGUACUUUUGUAUCAUUUGAACUACUAUUUCUUCCACAGAUAUAAUUAAUUGCUUUUGAUUUCAUCUACUUCAGUUCAUUUCAUCUACUCAUUGUCAAAGUUCAUCUUUUAUCUUCCAGAUAUUCUGAGGUGGUUUUUUCCUACUUUAUUGAACUUUUAAUCUGAAGGAAACAAUUUUUCUUACACUUUCUAUUUUUCGAUUACUGAAAUCUUAUUUAAUCAACUUCUAGAGUACUUUAUUUAUGGUUUUUUGCGAAAUCUCGUAUUCAUUCACUUGUACACACUUUCUCUAUGAGUUUUCACAAUUUUCCUAUUGGUUCAUUUGAACUACUACUUCCAUUAAACGUAUUAUUUUUCUAUUCCACCAACAAUUUUUCUUUAUUCCAAAUUUGGUUUGUAUCUCUGACUAAAUACUUUUUAAACGUUUUUAAUAUUUAAAUAUGUACAUGUAUUUUCCACUCGAUAAAACAGUUUUUGGUCAAAACAAAUCAACCAUUAAAUUUUCAGGAAGAUUAAUUGAUUAAUUUUUAAAAUAUUUUUUCCUCCAAAGAUUUCACAGUAGUUAUCAAUACGACAAUCAAUCACUAUUAUUUUUUAAUAGUGUAAAAGAAAACAAAAAUUAAAAUUCAGUACCUCAGGACCGGUUUAAGCUGAAACCUUUCGAAUGUAAACAUAAAGCGUUUGUCCAUUGUGUAUAUAUUACGAAAUAAACAUUGUUUGCAUGUCCAUCCUGUAUAUUACGACGUAUACAGAGUUACUUUUUUUGUACUGUGAAUUCUUUUCAAAAUGAACGUCGAAAUUUUUUUUUUAAUUAGAUGUGUGUUUUACGAAUAAUUAGGUUGUAUAUCAUUUGCAACAAAUUUGUGCCUUUGUUACCAAAAAAAUAUUGAAAAAUGUUGCAUAUAUAUAAUGUACACAUAGGCAAAUGAGAUAUAUUUAUAAGAAAUGGAUUAUUUUCUCAAAAUAAAGUUUAUAGUUACUAUUUG